GGCACCCACCCCAGCCAGCCAGCUCCGCAGCUCCCGAUAGUCUUUAGUUUGAAAACCGACCAAUCCUCUGCAGUAGGAGGAAAAAUGGACAACAGCAAACGAACAGUGGUUGUAACAGGUUUUGGGCCAUUUGGAGAGCAUUCAGUUAAUGCCAGCUGGGUGGCAGUACAGGAACUGAAGAAACUGGGCCUGGGUAAUGAGGUUGACUUGCACGUGUAUGAGGUUCCAGUAGAGUAUCAGACAGUCCAAAGUCUGGUUCCUUCAUUAUGGGAGCAGUAUCAUCCACUGUUGGUGGUACAUGUCGGUGUUUCGGGGAUGGCCACUACCGUCACGUUAGAGAAGUGUGGCCGUAACCAUGGCUACAAGGGCCUUGACAACAGCAGCUUCUGUCCGGAUUCACAGUGUUGCAUUGUGGGAGGACCCGACUGUAUCGACUCAGUUAUUGACAUGGAAUCAGUCUGCAAGAGAGUGAUGGCCUCUGGACUGGGAGUAUCUGUGUCUGUCUCCAAAGAUGCUGGAAGAUACCUCUGUGACUACACCUAUUACACAUCUCUGUACUUGAGCCAUGGCCGCUCUGCCUUUGUCCACGUGCCUCCCAUCGGAAAGCCUUACAGCGGAGAAGACCUUGGCCGUGCCCUGCAAGCCAUCAUACAGGAGAUGUUAGAGCUGCUGGAUCAGGCAGAAGAGAAUCCUCAUCACCUCUGUUCUCUUCACCAACAUGCACAUUGAAGUCCACUCCAAUCAGCACUCUCUCCCCCUUGGGUACACCCCAUACCACUUCAUCCAACUCACUCCAGAAUUCUUCGUUCUCUUCCAUCUCGCACCCAACUUAUGGGACAUAUGCACUGACAACAUUCAUCAUCACACUUUCAAUUUCUAGCUUCAUACUCAUCACUCUGUCCAACACUCCCUUCACCUCCAACACACUCUUUACAUACUCUCCCUUCAGAAUUACCCCUACCCCAUUUUUCGUCACACUCACACCAUGGUAGAAGAGUUUGAAUCCACCUCUGAUGGUCCUGGCCUUGCUUCCCUUCCACCUGGUCUCUUGCACACACAUUAUAUCUACCUUCAUCAUCUGCCAGCUCUCUCCCUUUACCAUUCAUAGUGCCAACGUUCAACAUUCUGAUUCCCACCUCCACACUCUUACCCUUCCUCCUCUACCGCUGCCUCUGGCCAUGCCUACCCCUUCUCCUUCUCCUUCGCCCAACAGUAGCAUAGUUUCGACUGGCACCCUGCUGGGCAACAGUACAGGUGGCGGUCAUUGGUAACCCGGGCCUCGACUGAUCUGGUAUGGAAAUCUGAUUUAUGAUCCACAUAUGUGAUUUGGCAAAGGUUUUAUGCUGGAUGCCUUUCCUGACGCAACCCUCCCAUUUAUCCGAGCUUGGGACUGGCACUAAGAAUGCACUGGCUUGUGCAUCCUAAGUGGCUGGGUUACACACACACACACACACACACACAUCUAUAUUAUGGAGUUUUUUUCACAAGGUAACUUUAUUAUAAAGGUAAGAUAUACUUUAUUUGUAUUUGUACUGACCUGCCUAACAAAUGUGAGUUCUUUCAGUUGUAAUGUGUGUUGUUUUCGGGGGUUUGUGGUUGUGUUUUUCAGUGUAGACCAGUGUUUCCCCUGCCACUGAAUAGUCUGGACUGACCAUCCUACCUAAUACUAUUUCUCAAUACUUUUUUUUAAGGCCUACCCUCCCCGCCCCUCAAAAAAAAUUACUUGGGAAGCAUGGAUGUAGAUAUAAUUUGUUAGGCCUAUAGUCAUUUGAAACUUAAAAACUGAACACAAUGUACCUAGUGUUACAGAAGUAGUCUGAGGUGUUUUUCUUUUGUUUUGACAGAUAUUUUUUUCUCUUAAUUUGAAUAAAUGUCCUCUUAAUUUUUGUUAAAUUCCUCUCAGUGCAGUAGGUUUUGAAUAUGUCCUAUACCUGUGAGAGGAUAUAUUCACCACUGAAUAGUGUCCUAGUGCACUGAGCGCCACAGAAUUUGAGUCCUUUAAAUGUUAUCUCACUUGCUGUUCAUCUGUCAUUUUCUUGGCAUUGUUUCUUUCUUGGCUUCCUAGUCCAGAAUUUGAAAGCUGAAUUAAUUUCCAGCUUUAAGAGAGUUGCAAUGUUUACAGUGCAUUGAAAUCUGAUCGCUGUGAAGAAGGGUUGUGUGAAGGAGCUUCCACAACAAUGUCUCUAUUUACAAAUGUGAAACUCUGUAUAUGCACCUCAGAUUUACAUUUGAGGUGACCCGUUACCCUGACCUGUGCCUUGCUGUUGUUGAUGUGUUAUAAAAAGACCUUAAAAUGUCCACUAGGUCAAUUUAUUAAUCAAUCUAUCAAUGUAUGUGCAUACAAAAGGCCCCAAAUUCUGUCAACUCAUAUGUGUAGCUACCUCAUAAAUGUUUUUAUCUCAAUGUGUGCCCUAAUGUUUGGUAACAUAAUGGCUUGGGUGGAUUUAAAGUAAACUCUAGAAAGGGAAAAGGUCGUAUCCUCUGGCCCUUUAAAGCUUCAAAGCACUGUUAUGGAAAGUAACAUCAGCUUUGUGAAAAUUAACAGAUGUUAAAAUAAAGA